GGAAGGAACCUCUCGGAAGACCAAAUUUGUAUGUACAUUGUAGGUACCACCAAUGAGGCGGUAGAGAAAAUUGAAGGCGAACAAGACUCAUCCUUCCCGAUCUGCUCUCCAUCGUAAGGCUUAAACGUCAUAGGGGAGAUUUCCUUGCGCUCAACCUUUUUUUUUCUCAUAUCUUCCCUCUAAAGUUUCAUAACUUCCACCAAACCCCAUUAAACCUAUUAUUAUUUGACUUUUCCCACACGAACGUCUAAGAGUCAAGCUAAAAAAGAAAAGUUGUGCAAGUGAUAGAGGACUUGCAUCACCACCACUGCCACCACCACCACCCAUCUUUCUGCCACCGCUUCCAAUACCAACCCACCACGCCGUCUUUCUUGCCACAAAUAUCAACCACCACUUAAAGCCACUAUCUGCAAGAUAUUCCUGAUUCUGAAAAUCAAGGAUUCGGCAUAGUACGAUCGGAAUUGUUUAGCAAAAGGACAAAAUAAGAAAAGAAAUAUAAAAAGAGCAAGGAUACGAACGAUACAUAUCACCCAAAGCAGCAAGGAUGGAUGCAACAGAGGCUGCAGAUACUCAGGAACGACGUCCCUCCAUCCCCGACCGCAAGCAACGAAAGUCUGUCGUCUUUAAUUCCGAAGCCCUCGUAGUCGAACCCGACGGAAAGAUAUCCACCAUGGCUUCCGAUGAAACUAAGGACACAGCGUUGUCCCACACACCCCGUACGCCGCCGCUUUCAGCUGCACUUGGGGCCUUUGCUGAUUCGAGAGAAGCUCCUGUUGAUGAUGCUGCCCCUCUCACCACCGAAGAUGGUGGCCUUGAUCUUCUAAAGAAAAAGAAGAAGAAGCCCAAGAAGACCGAGGAUGGUGAGGGAACAGAGGGCGAUGGUGCCGCCGAUGGCGCCGCCGACGCUGGUGGUUUGGAUCUAACCCUCAAGAAGAAGAAAAAGAAGAAGGCGCCAAAGGGUGAAGAGGGCGAUGACUUCGCUGCCAAGAUUGCAGCUCUCGACCUAGACAAGGAAGGCGAUGCAGAAGGUGCUACCGAAUCGAAGAGCACCGAGCAGUCUGGUGAUAUGGAGAAGGGCACCGGUAUCUGGGGCCACGACGAAACUCGACCUAUCAGCUACGACCUACUUCUUGGUCGCUUUUUCAGCCUACUGGCGCAAAAGAACCCCGACCACGCUUCAAGCGGUACACGAAGCUACAAGAUCCCACCUCCUCAGUGCUUACGUGAAGGUAACAAGAAGACUAUCUUCGCCAACAUCCAGGAGAUUACCAAGCGAAUGAAGCGAAGCGAGGAACACGUUACCGCCUACCUGUUUGCCGAAUUGGGUACGAACGGUUCCGUUGAUGGCAGCAGACGAUUGGUCAUCAAGGGUCGAUUCCAACAGAAGCAGAUCGAGAAUGUGUUGCGAAAAUACAUCAUCGAAUAUGUAACCUGCAAGACCUGCCGAUCCCCUGACACUGAACUUAACAAGGGAGAGAACCGUCUCUACUUCAUCACAUGCAACUCGUGCGGAUCACGCCGUUCAGUUACCGCUAUCAAGACUGGUUUCUCCGCCCAAGUCGGCAAGAGAAAGAAGAUGCAAGGUUAAGCUGUGUUUCUUACCUACGCAGAAUACUGCUGUUGGUACGCUGGGAUUUAUGUUCAUAGGGUUUCUUUUCAGAUGAGUCAUGGAGCUUAUUGCUGGUAAUAGUUCCUAGGAGUUAGACUGAAAAAUGGCAUUGGCAAUUAUUUCCCAGCGAAGAAUCGAGAUUAUGAAUAGGGAAUACCCCCGUGAUAUUUCGCUUUGAAACUUCUAAUUUUAUAUGUCUAGUGUAAGCGCUGUGUUAAAUCGUACUAUAUAUUAUAAGAGCCCGUGUUGUUCGUAUCAUACUAUCUACACGUGAGGUAUUUCAAAUAGUCCAAAACUUUCUCUUUUACCUG